AUGCAUUGUUCUGGUGCUUUAUUAACAGCUUUUGCUUUAUUAUUUUCAUUUCUUGGACAUUUUGGGCAUAAUUGGAAAACUAUAUGUUCCGCAAUUUUGUAUAUUUGUGGAGGUUUAAUCGUUCUAAUUGGGGUUUUACAAGUUAUUUGUAUUGUGGAUGAUGAAAUGGCACCUAGAAUGAAGCCUAAUGCUGCUGGAGAACCUUCUGUUUUUCUUUUAUGGCUGCAGCACUUAGUUUUCUACCUGUGCAACUUUGUGUUUGGCUUGAAGUGGGGAAUUUUAAAAUUAAAAUAGGCCAAAAUUUAGAAUUAGUAGAU